AUGCUUUCUUCGGUAGCAAAAGGCCGUCAACUUGAAAUCACAGUUGUAAACAUAUUGAGGGAUGCAGGGAUUGAGUGUGAACAUACUGGAGGGCCGGGUGACAAAGGAAUUGACAUUAAAGGAGUUGUCUGCGGCAUCCCAUUUGUUAUAUAUACAAUUCAAGAAUCGGUACCGAAAGAAUAUAG